UCAUUUCAGAGGUCACUUACCCCCGUAAUUUGGACUUGACUCUUCUUUACCAUAAUAAUACUUUCUGUUCUGUACCGUUCUUCAGGUUUGUGUGUAAUGGAGUGCAAGAAUAACCAAAAUGGCGUAGCAUUUCACACACUAAGCGAGAUGCGGAAGUGGAACUCUGAGUGAACUACGCAAUCGAAACUCGUGCAGUGCGCUAUACGGUUCUGUAAUAUUAGAAAAAUACUUAGUUUUCCCGCGCGUAUUUUGAUGCUCAUUGACUCGUUCUACGUAUUUUUUUUGGCAUCGUUUAUGUCAUAUUUUGUAUUUAUAGCGAUAACACGUAUCGCAUAGAGAUAGGAUUGGCGUCUUCUAUUCAUUUUCUUUGUCAUCGCAAUUUUGAUCAUCGUGUAACUGUGGAUUUAAGUUGAUUUUAUACUAAAAAUCUGUGGAAAUGGGUCUGCCGUGUGAUUGGCAGAUCAGCAAACAAAAGAUCUCUGAACGUGGUCAAUAUCUAUUGGAGACAGGACAAUGGUCGGAUUGCAAUUUUAUCGUUGGGCAAGAACCUCAUCAACAAACACUAAAGGGCCACAAGUUGUUUUUGGCUAUGUCUAGCCCUGUCUUUGAAGCAAUGUUCUUUGGUGGCAUGGCAGAGAAAAAUGAUCCUAUACCAAUUCCGGAUGUUCAACCAGAAGCCUUUAAAGCUCUGCUAGAAUAUAUAUACACAGACCGAGUUGAUUUGGGUUCUUUUGAGUUAGGUUGUGAAUUAUGUUAUUGUGCCAAAAAAUAUAUGCUUCCUUCGCUGGUAGAGAAAUGUACAAAAUAUCUAUGGUCUGAUUUGUCACCAAAAAAAGCCUGCAGAGCUUAUGAAUUUGCCAAGUUAUUCGAGGAACCUGUGCUUAUGGAAAAAUGUCUCCAAAUUAUUUGCACGAAAACAAACGAAGUUCUAAAAGAGACUAGUUGGAAAGAUGUUGAAUUAGGAACACUUUUAACAGUUUUAGAACAAGAAAAUUUACAAAUAAACUCUGAAAUUGAAUUAUUUUAUGCUGUAGAAUGUUGGGCAAAAGCUGAGUGUGCAAGGAAAUCACUUGAUGUCAAUGACAGAAAGUCUUUAAAAUCUGUAAUUGGAAAUGCUUUAUUGAAAAUUAGAUUUUUAAGUUUAACCCCUCAAGAAUUUGCGGAAGGGCCAGGAAUGUCAUUAUUACUUACCAAAGAUGAAGCUUUUGCAAUUCUUAUGAAUAUAUUGUGUACAGGAAAUAAAGCACCUAUGCCUGAAGGAUUUUCAACUAAUAUGGACCGCAGAGUUAGGGCAGUAGAAACUCGAAUACCAUCUCAAACUGAAAGUUAUUUUCGAUUAGGGGGUCCACAUUACUAUGAGCCCAAUACUUAUUUUCGUCAUGGACAAUUAAGAGAGAACAAUAUACCAGCGGUUGUACUCAAGGACAAUAGACGAGAGAGUCCAAAGUACUGCCUGAGAUCAGUACUUGAAGAAAUAGACUGUCUCAAUACAAAUGUAUUAGACUCAUCUGUUACCUUCAGUGUAGAUAAAAAUAUUUGUAUAUUAGGUGUACAAGUACCUACACAAAUACCUGUUGGAGGUAACAAUAUGAACCAUGUUUUGAGUCUUGCUACAUCAUACACUGAAAUUUUAUAUGCUCAUCUACUUGAUUCCGACGGUGCUCGUUUAACGUACACACAUUUUACGACAAAAGUAAAUACUAAUACUCUUGUGGAAAUUACAUUUAAUCGACCUAUUUACAUUCAAAAAAAUAAGGUUUAUCGAGUUGGAGUUGUUUUUAACAAAGUUGGUUGGUACCCAAUGGGAGUCUGUACUCAAAGUAUGACCUGUGAUACUGUAUUGUUCUCAUUUGGUAUUGGCCAAGAAGUCGAUAGUGUGCGAGAUGGUCUCAUUCGAUCUAUAAUUUUUACACAACAAUCAGAACCAUACAUAUAAAUUUGUGAUAAGACGAAAGUCUACUUUAUUGUACAUUAUAUUAGCGCAUUAUUUUAUUUUUUGAACUAUAUCAGUCACGGUGCUAUCCUUUAUAAAAAAUUUCAAAUUAAAUUUAAGAACUGUACAAAAUUAUACUCGUCGGUUAUAGUUGUAGUGAAAGUCAGCCCUGUAUAAAACAAAUUUUUUUAAUUUAUAUAAAAAUAUUAACGUUUGCAAUACAAACAAAAAACUUGAAUUUUACAAUUUAACUAUCUUUAUUAAAAGUUACAUUGCAUAUUAGUAUCAUAUGUACUUCUGUUUCUCCCUCUAAAUUUAUUUUCAUUACAAUUAUUUAUAGUUUCUAAUGAUUUUUGUUACUAUACAAAAAUGUAAUUAUCUAUUUAUCACAUAUCAUAUACCAUUCACUAUUCAUCUGUUAUGUUUUGUUUAAUUUUAUACCCAUGUCCUAAGAUACAUAUGAAAUAUUUGUUUUUGAUGUAUAAAAAUGCAAAUGUAAGAUACAAAAUGUUUGUCUAUCACAUUUGAUUUAUUGGGCUCUUUUUAAAAAUAAAUUUUAAAGAUACAAAUUUUUAAUAAACUAUAUAAAUUUUAUAUUACACAUUAAUAUAUAACUAUCAUAAAUGUUACAGAUUUUGUGCUUGAUUUUGUGUAUUACGUAUAUAAACGAAUAUAAUAAUUAACAAAUAGAUUUUAAAAUGUAAUCAGUCUAUAUAAGUAACUACAUAUUUUACAGUACAAAAAAUAAUAAAUCUAUGUCAACUGUACUUGUA